AUGGCCUUUCAUUCCACAUUCUUUGUUUUCUUAGUUGGACUGGUAUUUCUCUCUGAAGCUGCACCACUGGUCUCCCAUGGUUCUGUUGAUUCCAAAUGCCCUCUGAUGGUGAAAGUGCUGGAUGCAGUCAGAGGAAGUCCUGCAGCCAACGUAGCUGUUAAAGUGUUUAAAAAAGCUGCAGAUGGAAGCUGGCAGGAUUUUGCUGCUGGAAAAACCACAGAAUAUGGGGAGAUCCAUGAGCUCACAACAGAAGAACAGUUUGUAGAAGGAAUAUACAGAGUUGAGUUUGACACCAGCUCUUACUGGAAGGGACUUGGCCUUUCUCCAUUCCAUGAAUAUGCUGAUGUGGUGUUUACUGCUAAUGAUUCCGGUCACCGCCAUUACACCAUUGCCGCUCUCCUCAGUCCUUUCUCAUACUCAACCACUGCUGUUGUCAGUGAUCCCCAGGAAUAA